AGUUUAUCGCGAUCCUUUCAAGCGAAAACAUCAUACACAUUUUGCUUUGCGCCCCGAAAAGCGACUGAUGAAACAGCGAAUCGAAAGUGAAAAUUGUGUUUGUACAGUUGAGUGCUUCAAUCAGUUACCGAAUCAAGCGACCGACAAUUAAACAAAAAUCGGAAUCAAACAUUUCCGCUCUCUUAUAAUUUUUCAAACACGGAAAACUAACUGAAAAAAAUUCUAAAUCCAAUUCUCAUCAAACUGAUACACUGAUAGUGGUGGAUGGUUGAUAUGAAUCGUCGAGUGUGAAGUGCGAAGCGCGUGUGUCAUCGUGAACUGAUUCCGCAAUUUAAAAAAAACGAUUUAACGGUUCUUUCCUCAUUUCGAAAAACGGCCACGUUUGCGAAAUCAGUCGCAGCAAAAAAACAAAAUUCGGUGGUUUUAUUCACUUCUUCGGUGUGAUGCGAUGUGAGCGUGAAUGACUCCGAAAUAAUCAUUUGAAAAUUAGAACUUGCUAGAGGGAAUAAGCACUUGGCCCACAAAAAUAAUGAGACAAUUUCCACGCUUUCAUAUUGCAUCGACACUCAUUGGGAUAUAUGCAUUCUUCUGGCGGUUGCAUCGUGAGCGAGUUUAUAUGUGUGUUUGUGUUAUGUGUAGUUGUGGUGCGGCUCAACACAACAACGUUCGAAUGAAUUAAUUUGAAUAUUUCCCAUAAUGUGCAAUAAACAAAAGCCAUACGUGGCGUAAAAACCUCCAAAAUAUACACUCAGAUGCUCGGCUGAAAUUAUUGUUAUAUUCAAGCAACCAAUGAAACUGAACUGAGUUGGUGAAAAACUGAGAACUGAAAACGGGUGCCGAGAAAUUGUGAAUGUUGAAAUAAAAAGAAAGGAAAACAGGCGAAAAUACACGAACCAAGGAAAACCAAAACGAUAAAAACAAAAUAUGAUGAGCACGAAACGAGGAUCGAAAAUGGUUUCGAUGAAUAUAAAGUGAAAGAGAAAGAUUGUUAGCGACCACCAAUUUGUGCAAACUAUGCAUUCGUUAAGAAUGAACUAAAAAUAGAACGGAAAAAUUAGGAUCGGACAAACGAAAAUAGCAUCAGCAGCAAAAUAAUUUUCCGUGUGUUCCGUAAAUAAGGAAUGUUUUAAACUCAAACUGGUUCGUUUUGUUACAUUCCAUUCUUUACUUUUUCUUCUUGUAAUUCGUGGUAUAUCCGAUCAUUUUGCAAAUUUUUGCACAGUUCUUCAUUCUCUCGGCUGAAUUUCCGCUUUUAUGAGCAACUAUCCGAGUUGGACUAUGAAAAUCCACUUCCCCGUACGGACACAUUCAUCGUAGGAAUCAUGAUAUUCGUGUUGACAGCAGAGCAACAACAAAACCAGCAACGGCAACAGUGCGCAACCUGAAACUAAGUAUUGAACAGCCAACGCACACCCAUAUUAAUUAUAUACAGAGUGAAAAUACGUUCAACAACAUAGAAGACUUUCUCUCUGGAACGCAACAGCGCGGAAAAAAAGGAAAUUGAUGCGAUUGCGUGGGUCGCGUGGCUCACCCGUGGUUGAUGUUGGUGAUGUCAGUAGCAAAGUGCAGUGCUCAAUAUUGAAAACUAAUCGUGUAAUUAUGAUAAUUGAAAAAACACAAACAAUCACACUAUUCAGAUAACAAUAACGUGGCUGUUAAAGUGUGGUAGCAUUUUGAAAAUGGCCAUGUGAUUUAAAUGAUUUGUUUUAUCGGUUAAAAAAAAGGACAUUGAUCAAUUUGCGUGCGUCUCAAGUAUAAGUGAACAAAAACAAACUACAGCCUGUAAUUCAAAUUUAGAAAUUGUGUUAAAUCGAAUGAAAAUUCAUUUGGAUCGAAAUAAAUUGGACCGAUUUUCAUUUUGGAGCAUUGAUCGUUAAGUUAUCGCGUGCAUUUCUUUCCUGUUCAUUCGUUCGUUCUGGGCCAAUGUUGCCAUUUCUCCGAUUUUGAAUAGCAAAAAUCGAAAAUUCAACUCAAAGGCAAACGAGCGCGUACCGCCGAAUGCGAAAUGAUAAUGAUUUUGAACAAAUGUUUACUCACGAAUGACAUGCACACCCACUUGAUUGAUACAAACAUUCGAUGUGAACGUGUACGAAUAAGAGAACGCCGAACGAAGGAUACAAUUUCUAAUUAAAUUUUGCAUUUCAAUUCGGAACGAGAGCAACGCACGAGACGCGUACGGACACCAACAGAAGAAGGGGGAAAACAUAGCGAACCGAGAAAAAUCGUAAACAUCUGUACAACAACAGACGAGAGAGCAUCUACAUCGAUUCGAUUUCGAUAUUGAACGAUACAAAAUACGAACAUGUUCUAUCGACUGCAGAGCUAUUACUUUGGAUUUAUUUUAAUUAUUUUGCACACCAAAAUCAAAGAGACACUUAGUUUUAAUGAGCCACACACACCAGCGUCUUCGAACAACAGUAGUAAAAUCACAGCGGCAGCAGCAGUAGCAGCCACGACGAUGAGUAGCAGCAUUAUGACAACCACUGAUAUCGAGUCACCGUAUUUCGAUUUUGAACUGCAACGUAAUGUAACCGUGACAGUUGGUCAGACAGGGUUUUUGCAUUGUCGUGUCGAGCGACUUGGAGAUAAGGAUGUCUCCUGGAUACGCAAGCGAGAUUUACACAUUUUAACGGCUGGAACGGCUGUCUAUACAUCAGAUCAACGGUUUCAGGUCCAGCGACCGCAAAACUCGACGCUUUGGACGCUGCAAAUAAAAUAUCCACAAGUUCGAGAUGCUGGUGUGUAUGAAUGCCAAGUGUCCACGGAACCCAAAAUAAGUUUAUCGUACACAUUGAAUGUUAUAGAAUUGAAAGCGGUGGUAUUGGGAACGGCCGAUUUGUACGUGAAAACGGGCAGUGAUAUAAAUUUAACGUGCAAAAUAUCAAAGGGUCCACAUGAACUGGGAACCGUGUUCUGGUACAAAGGCAAUGCAAUCAUAGAUUUAAUCACGCAAGAAAAUGACAUUUAUUCGGAAAAUGUACAGCGAAUAUCAGUCGACACUGACUGGGCCGAUGGAUUGAUCUCAAGGCUGAAAAUUCGUCAAGCUGUUCCAAACGACACCGGCAACUACACAUGCGUUUCAACCAUUGCACAAGCAGCUAGUGUUUAUGCUCAUGUUAUCUCUGGUUCACUCGCGGAGCAUCCAGCGGCCAUGCAACAUAACUCGGCCAAUAUGCAGUUUGUUGAGCAGCCAACGUUGGUUUUGCCCCUGGUGACGAUAGCAGCGGGAGGAGCGGCGGCAAUUGCAACAAAUCUUAUGGAUGCUGCAGUGGCCGUCAUCACGAGCAUUUUACUCGAAAUUUGGAUAGUUUUAGCACGAUUUCAGAAAAAUUUAUUUAACACAUUGUUGUGGCCGUCGGCAUCAGUUUGGGUUGUAAGAUGAAAUUAUUCUACUGCGGCGGGAAAUGAAAACAGAAAACAGAAUAAAAACAAAAUGAAGAUGAUCCAUGCAAGAGUCGGGUAGCUGUUAUAUAAUCACAGUACCUCGCCUCCAUCACACAGCAACAAACAUUUCCACAAAUUUCACAUUUUCACGUACAUAUUCUACUGUGCUCAACUCGAACGUUUUCGAUAAUUGUGUGUUCAAGUUCAUGUUAUACACUCGAUGUAGAUUAUCCGAACCCGUAAAAAAAAUACAGCAAGCAACGAACGGCAACAGACAAAAUUUAACACGCAGUCAAAUGCAUGCUCGAAAACUCGAAUUAUCUGCCACAUACACACAUUCACACAUAUGCACAAAAAUCACAUUUUACCUUGCAAUUUUCUUGAUCCGUCGGUAAGCUUUUUCGCGUUUUGUGUUCAACGUACGUACUCCCCUCCCCUUCCUCUCCAUACACAAGCCGCAUAUCCACAUCUUCCUUUUCUUUUCGGUUUCGUAUUAUUGGCGGAAAUUCUUUCUGGCUCACCUCAUUUGAUAACAAAACCAUUGAAACGAAUAUGUUUGCCUUGUAUUUUGCAGCUACCAUGACUUUAAAUUACAAUUCAGUUGUUGCGCUCGAUACCAGGUGCUACCGUGUAUUUCUCAUGAAGAAAGCAGGAAAAAACAAACAACACACACACAUACACAGCGAAGCUUCAAACCGUACAAGUAAACAAAAACAUUUCUUGAUGUAUGUGCGAAAGAAAAUAACACAUUGGUAAAACUGAUUUGGUUCUUCGUUUUGUGGCUUGCAAGUGUGGAUUUGAGCGUUUGGUUUUUCUUCACUGUCUGUUGCCGAAAGAAAACUAUUUGCGAAUAGAGAAACAGCGAAUAAAUUGAAAAUAUGCAAGACAUGCGAGAACAAGUUGCAGCUUACUAUUUUGCAAAGAAGCAGAAAGAAAAUAACAGGAACAGUGGAAACUAGCUGAGAGGGAAAUUAUAGUAUAUACAUAUGUGUGUAAGUAAGUCUAAAUCGCAAACCAGUUUAACACAAAACAUUCAUCCCAAGUAGUAGAUGAACUCAUUGAAGCGUUUCACUUAUUUUUCGAUGUUGGUUGGUGUGUAUGUGUGUGUGUGUGUGUGUCGUUAUUCGGCUUUCACUUUUCAAGUUAAGUAAAAUGCUCCAAUUAUGUCGUAGCAAGCUGAAUGGAUGGCUGCAGCCAAAGUGCGAAAGAACGAUGGCAUGAACAUGUCUACGAUAUCUUAAAUGGCGGCGUUAAUCUCAAACUUUUGCUAGUUUGAAUAUACAUAUGAAUGGAUUUUGAGCAUUACAAAUAACUCACUUUCCAUAGUUAAAUACCACAAAUAGUUUUUGGAUAUUAUGUCCUGAUCACAUGUUCACACAACCAUUCACACAACGGUGUUUAUAAAAUAGCUCGUUCGCAACACCAUCUAUCUGUCUUUCUUUCCAUCCAAUUGCAAACUAAUAACAUCUUUAGUGCAAUGGGGUCUUGAUUGUUGAAGAAGGUUAUCAUAAAAUGCGGUACAAAUUUCGAGUCUAAAGAGACAGGGUGAGAAAUAAGUCUGUUGGCCAAUUUUCAUCCAAACAUUUUGCAGGUUGGGUUUUGAGGCAUAAUCAAGUUUUCGGUUGGAUUUGGAAAAUAUGGCAGGUCAUUUGUUAAUCAAUAUGUGUGUUUGUGUAUAUAUAUAUAUCGAGAAAAUCAAACUACAUAAAUUCCCAGAAAUAAGGUGAAUUACAUACCCAUCUCUUUCACAUGUAAUCCACCGUGAGAUUUUCAAUGUCACGGCCAGAGAUAGGUGCAGCUUUCCAAAUGAAAUAGUCCGAAUGUAGUAAAACUCUAACAGUUAGAUAGGAAAUACAUUGAACCAGAUAUUAUAUUAGUAUAAGAAUUCGGGGAAUGGCGUGUGUGAUAUAAUAACGAUCUAUGAACUGAAAUGACAAUACCAAAUAAAUACAGUUGAUAUGUACGUGAAUUUAAUUGGUAGAUUCUCAUGGCCAGUGCAACAAAUUAAUUUGUAAAUUUAAAAUCAAAUAAACGAAGCAAAAUAAUAAAAGGUGAAGAAGAAAACACUUGAAUAAGAGAGGAAUUAUGUACUACAACCCAAACAUAUGCACUUACAAAUAAUAGCACAUAACAAUUGCAUAAGGAUUUAAAUAAAAAUAACAAAUAAAUUGUAUGCAUGUAUAAGUAGUAGAUUUACGAAACAAAAACAAAAACAAAAACAACAACAAAAACCAUUUAUUUCAUAUUGUACUACUCAAAUUACUUUUAAAAAUAAUCAUCUGUUAAGUCGAUGUAAGCGGCCGUCGCGCAGCGAAAAUAAAUGAACAUAAAAUCAAAAUUAAAUUUAAAUGAAAAAUAAAACAUCCUCACAGAAACCGAUAAAAUCAAGCAUGUAGCAUCUCACUUUUAUCGUUGUAAAACUGAAAAAAAACGAAGAAGAGAAAACAGGUGAACAAUAAAUAGCAUUUGUUAUUCAUAGUUUGAUGAUGAUGAAGAAAAAAAACGGGAUGAAAAGGGGUGCAGUAACCAGAACAACACUGUUCACUGCACUCAAGUGCAUACUGAACAACAGCAAACAAAUAUUAGACAAACAAACACAAACGAUGCUCAGAAUACAAAAUCUUGAGACAAAGAAAGCGAACAAAUUAUUAUAAUCCAUUUUAGCUGAAAAAAAAAUAUAUCAAUGUUUCCUUCUAUUCAUCCCACGUUCCUUCAGUAACAAUGGCGACGGCUCUUCCAAAAAAAAAAGUUUAAUACAUUUGUUAUUAUGAUCUGUAUCGCCCGAGAAUUGGUAAAAACUCUUUUUUUCCUCGGUCGAACGAAGUGAAAACCACCAAAGUGAUUUCGUAGCGUUCAUUUCAACUAUCAACAAUAUUGAUAUUUAAAGAAAAUAUCUGUUUUUUUUUUCUCUGAGAAAGAUGAAUAAGAUCUAUGACAUAAAAGAUGAAUCGACAAGAAAUAUACAACAUCCACCUAGAAUGUAAUCAAAUUUCACCUCAACAUCUCCCAUGCAAAUCAAAUAUGAUUUAAAAAAAUUAGAAACCUAAAUGAUGCAAACGCAAAAAAGAGAUGCAUAAAGAAGAAGAAGAAGAAUAAGAAGAAAAAAAUUCAAUAAAAACAGACCAAAUCAACAUUAACAUUAUGGAAUGGCAUAAACGUUGAACUUCAAGUCAUACUCUCUCAGUUAUUAUAGAAUAUAGGACAUAGAAAUGUUUUCUUUUUCUGUGCGCAAUUUUAUGUAUGUGCAGUUUUAAUAAGACAAACAAAUAAAAACAAAUCCAUUUCA